GGAAAUAGUGUAGUGGUUAAUCUGGUCCCCAAACAGAUUGGUGCUCCCGCUCAGCAGUCAUGGCGGAGUACAGCCAGGCAGGGCUCCUGGCGGCUCUGCUCCUCUUCACGGCCCUCACGGUCCGGGAUGUUUACCUGGGCAGGUCGAGCUCUGAGCCGGGACAGCAGCAGGACCACAGACCCGGACAAUCCCCGGAACUGCUGUCCGACUCUGAGCCCGGGAAACCCGCCAAACACUCGAUGUACACCGGGCCGGUGCUCCGCUUCCAGUACUGUAUCUCCUGAGGAUACAGCAAAGUGUUCCAGGAGUACUCCAGAGCCAUCAGCCAGCUGUACCCGGACAUCCGCAUCGAGGGAGAAAACUACCCUCCAACCCCCCUCAACAGGUGUGUUGGGAACCUGUUCUCAUAUCUGAAGCUGCUCGCCAUCCUGGUCAUCGUUAGCGGUCAGAACCCCUUUGUGCUUCUGGGACUCGACACUCCGAGAGCCUGGGCCUGGACCCAGGACAACAAGAUCUUCUCUUGUCUGAUGGCUUUCUUCCUCUGCAACAUGAUGGAGACACACUUCCUGUCUACGGGAGCCUUUGAGGUCACGCUUAAUAAUGUGCCCCUCUGGUCCAAGCUUCAGUCUGGUUACGUUCCAAACAUCCAGGAAAUGUUCCAGAUCCUCGACAACCAGCUGAAGAUGAACCCGCUUGAUCAGAGGAGCUUCACCACUGCCUAGAAGAACCCCAGCCGUGCUGCAUUCAGGUGACCCAGCUCAGUGGGACGUUCAGCCGCUGGCGUUCAUGAAGGUUUGGCCCGAAAGCAGAUUCUGCUGGGCCUGGCCGGAUGUCCUCUGCCACGAAACGAGCACUCCCUCUGGGCCGGAACACAUAGCAGCACUACACUACCCAUGAUGCACCUGUCGGCACUACAGUGAGCUGUAGUGGACUCUGGUGGACUGGACUCUCCUGGUCUCUUUUUUUAAUUUAUUGAUUUAGUCUAGUUUGUUCAUCAGAAACACCAAAAGUCUGUGUCCACUAAAGUCUGUCUACAUUUGAGGCUUAUUUAGAAGUCUGUGAUAACAGUAUCAUCAGUAACUAAAACUAAAAUUUUUAAAUCAUUGAAGUAAAUCAAUCUACAUAUCUAAAAAAUAAUCUAAAUAACUAAAACUAAAAUGUUAAAAUCAGUUUUGUUAACUAAAUCAACCUUAAUAAGUAAAACUAACAUGCUAAGAGGUUAGAGUAACCAAUUUUGUGCUGAAAAAACUUUUAGUGGAUACGGACCCUCAAAGUGCGGUACUGCUGUAGCUUAAUUCUAGUUAGCUUGAUGCUAGUUAGCAUUUGUCUGUACAGGAAGUACCAGACAGGAAGCUGAAACAAAGUCAUGUGAAAAUGUUUUUUUGUGUGUGUUACAUGUCUUAAGUAAAAUAAAAUUCAACAGUGA